CCAUUCCAUCGUUGCGCAGAAGUAGCUAGUCACAGGAGCCACAAUGGCGUUUGUAGUCUCCGGCUGCUAGGGCUGUGGAUGUAUUAAAUCCACUAGCAUCGCCCUCAAUAUAGGCCUGGUUGAUUUCCAGAGCCAUUGAUAGUAAACUGGAACAUCUACUGCACAUGAAAAAACUAUAAUUUCUUAUAAAUAUUGAAUUUAUAGGGGAUAAAGCUUACAUUAAAGGGAACAUGUAAACAGCACCUACAGGGUCAAGUUUUCAUUUUGUUCGAGAGACGAUUGUCUUUAAAUGAAGACAUUUGCUCGUCACUGAGUGCCAAGACCGUAAUUCUGUGGAAUAAAAUCACCUUUCCUUAACUAGACACCGGACAAGGACAGCUUUGACAAAGGGGACUUUUUUUUUUCUUUCUUUUUUGCGGCUACAGUCGCUAGCCCGCUCACCGUUAGCUAGCUAGCUAGCGGUGCUAGCUCAGUUGAGACGGAGACGACAGCGCAAUGGUCCAAUGUUAGGUAGGAAGCUUUCAUUUACGGUCAUUUACGUCGCUGGAGAGCAACAGUGGAUUUAUUUUUGGUCGUUUUUGAGGCGUUUGGACGACACGCGGAGUGAAUGAAUCAGCUUUGAGGCGACGCACUGGACGUUUGCGGCCUAGUGCGGUCGUUAGCUACAUGUUGGACACUUGAAUUGACGCCCUGGUUAAUGAGCUGUUUGGACCCGGGCGCAGGAGGAGAGGCACCGACCCCGGUUUGAGGGAUGCCUGGGUCGGACCGACACCAUGGGACCAAGCGGAAGCCGGAAUCGAGCAUCAGCAGCCUGGCGCACGGCGCCCAUGCUGCGUUCCACACGGCUGCGGGAGACAUGGCCAAUCAAGAUGGCAAGGUGCAUUUAAGAUCUUUAAUGUCUUCCACCAAACGUAAACGGCAUAAAUCGGCAAAAUAUCGGGAACCUUCGGCUGAGGCCGACUAUUUUACCCUGGGCUACACGGCGCCGCCUAGUGUCAGCUUGGUGAAACCUCUGGUGGAAUACGACGAUAUCAGUUCGGACUCUGACUCCUUUUCAGACCCCCCGACCUCUAGACCACUUGAGACGGUUGCGGAGCGCCUGGAGCCCCCGCCUGAGUAUUUUAUCGAAGAGCCCACCCGAGAAAGCAAGCCGCAUAGACACUCCCGGAAAAAGUCCAAGGACCCCAAUAAGGUUCGAGACCCUGGCAAUGGGGAGCGUGGUAGUAGCAAGAAGAAGAGCAGCAAGGACCGGGAGAAGGGAGCGACUUGGACGGACAAGGAGAAACCCGCCUCGUCUGGCCUGUCCAAGCAUUACAUGCAGCAAGAGGUGGACUUCAAACGGUUGGACCCCAUGCCGGCCGCCCAGGUGUACCCCGCAACCAGCGUCGGGAGCACGUCCUCCACGUCGUCGUCCCGCAGCAAGGAGAGCAGCCGCUCAGGCAAGUCUCGUAAGGACAAACCGCAGAAACGGGAAAGCCGAGUGGAAGGUGUCCAUGGCAACCCCCAGAAGGUCCGGGUAGACCGGAGCCAUCGCAAGUCCUCCAAGAGCCACAAGUCCAGCCCAAAGGUCAAGCCGAAUCCAGGUAAUCCCCGCAGGAAACCCCCCAGUGCUGCUAUGUCGCCCAGUCCCAGGAGAGGAGGGACCGGUGGUGAGAGUCCACUGGGCGGCGGCGGGUAUGGCCAACUAGGGGAGGACAGCUAUCCGAGGCGCAAAGCGUCUCAGCAGAGCCCCAGUCCCUACGGGGACAUGGGCCGCCGCAGCAGGCAGAGAUCGGACAGCCCCUACGGCAGCAGGCACAGGUCCUCCAGCUUCGAGAGGGAGCCCAGCCCCUUCUCCAGGAGGCGCUCCAGCAGCCCCUACGGUACCCGCCGGUCCUCCAGCACCAGCCCCAUGUCUCGACGCUCUGCCCGCUCGAGGAGUCGAUCCCCUAUGCUGUACAACACCUCUUCCCAUCGCUCUUCCUCUCGGUCCCGUGGCAAACGGCACGGCGGGUCUUCUGGCGGUCUGGGGCCCAGUUCCUACAGCAACCGUCCCGCCAGCCGUUCCCCUCCACCCACUCGCCUUCCCCUUAAUUCCAGCCUGGGCGCGGAGCUCACCCGCAGGAAGAAGGAGCGGCAAGCUGCCGAGGCGGCGGCAGCUCGAGCCAGCAGCAGCGGUGCCGCCUCCCCGGCUCCACAAAAACCUGCAGCCUCCUCGUUGGCGACCUCCUCAAUGGCUUCCUCCUCUUCCUCUGCACGCCCUCCGGUUGAGGAUCCGCAGGAGGAAAGGGGCUCGGGAGAAAAGGAACCUCGGCCUCCAGAGGAGUCACCGCAGGAGGCAGCCAUCAUGGAAGAGCAGCCUGCUGCUCCAUUACCCUCCUUACCCUCCAUUACCGCCGACAUCUCCCCUGCUGCUCCUCCUCCUCCUGAACCAUCACCCCCAGAGCCCUCAGAGCCCUCAACCACCACUGCUGCGCCGGUUCCCCCACCGCCACCCCCGCCCCCACCCACGCCACCCCCGCAAGCUGACAACAUUCAACCACCUGCGCCCUCAGCCCCCGCAAAAUCACCAGCGCCUAUUCCUACGCGAAGCCCCGCCCGACCAACGCCGCUUCACAAGACGUUGACUUUGCCCCCCCUGCCAUUACCCCCCAUGUUGCUGGGAAACUCUCAGGACAGCCCAAAGAGGACCACUUAUUUUCAGAAGGGGUUGAGAAAAGAGAAGGAAAUGCGGAGUCGGCCGUCCAUCACCGACCUCCCGCUCCCGCCCACCCUGCCUGGAGGCGACUGCUCACCCCUCCAGUUUCCUACAAACCUGGGAUUGUCGCUUCCACAGCCAGUUUUUAAAAAGAGACCAAAGAUUUGUUGUCCUCGGUACGGCGAGCGCAAACACACCCAAAGCGAUUGGGGCAAGCGAUGCGUGGAUAAGUUCGACAUAAUCGGCAUCAUAGGAGAAGGAACCUACGGCCAGGUGUACAAAGCUAAGGACAGAGACACAGGUGAACUGGUGGCUCUUAAGAAAGUGCGCUUAGACAACGAGAAAGAGGGCUUCCCAAUCACAGCCAUCAGGGAGAUCAAGAUCCUGCGGCAGCUCAAACACUGCAGCGUCGUCAACAUGAAGGAGAUCGUCACCGACAAGCAGGAUGCGCUCGACUUUAAAAAGGACAGAGGGGCGUUUUACCUGGUCUUCGAGUACAUGGACCACGACCUCAUGGGCCUGCUGGAGUCAGGCUUGGUCCAGUUCUCGCACGAGCACAUUCGCAGCUUCAUGCGCCAGCUGAUGGAGGGCCUGGACUACUGCCACAAGAACAACUUCCUGCACAGGGACAUCAAGUGCUCCAACAUACUGCUCAACAACAGGGGUCAGAUCAAAUUGGCUGACUUCGGUUUGGCUCGGCUUUAUAACUCCGAAGAAAGUCGUCCAUACACUAAUAAAGUGAUCACGCUGUGGUAUCGUCCUCCCGAGCUCCUGCUGGGAGAGGAGAGGUACUCUCCGGCCAUCGACGUGUGGAGCUGCGGGUGCAUUCUGGGAGAGCUGUUCACUAAGAAGCCCAUCUUUCAAGCUAACCAGGAGCUUUUGCAGCUGGAGCUCAUCAGCCGUCUGUGUGGUUCUCCUUGUCCUGCAGUCUGGCCUGAUGUCAUCAAACUGCCCCUCUUCAACACCAUGAAGCCCAAGAAACAGUACCGACGUCGCCUGCGGGAGGAGUUCGCCUUCUUGCCCACUUCCGCCUUGGACCUGCUGGACCGAAUGCUGACACUUGACCCUUUGCGGCGCUGCACGUCGGAGGGUGCUCUCAACAGCGAUUUCCUCAGCGACGUGGAGCCCAGCAAGAUGCCGCCUCCAGAUCUUCCUCACCACCAAGACUGCCACGAGCUGUGGAGCAAGAAGCGGCGGCGGGCGCGUCAGAGCGGGCUGCCCGAGGAUGUGCCUGUGCCCAAAGCGCCCCGGAACGACGCAUCGGGCACCUCCAGCGGCGAAAACAGUCGUCCCCAAACAAGCCCGGCCGUAGCACCGCCUCCUCCGCCGGGAAAACCGCCCGCGGCCGUUGUCCCAGACAAUGACUUGUCAGCGCUGGGAGCUGCCGCCGAGCAAUUGAACCAGACGGAGCUGGCCUUGCUGCUCAACCUCCUCCAGGGACAGACCGAGUUCUCGCUGCCCCAGGUGGCUCAGCUCCUCAACCUCUCCAACGCAGAGACUCUCAGCCAGUCCUUGUCCGCCCUCAGCGAGGCCUCCGACCACCACCAGGGGGCAACGGAGCACCAAGUACGGGGCUCCUCGUCGUCCAGGACCGGCCCCCCUGAGCCGCAGGAGCUCUCGCCAACCUCCGGCGACCCGGCCAACAUCCCGGAGGAACAGGCCAAUUUACUGGCUCUCAUUUUGGGCCACAUCAUGAAGCCGCAAGGCGAGGAGCAAGCCGACGAGAGCAACGGCGUCCAAUCAGAAGAGGCACUAACGCGCGGUUCAUCCGCAUCUACUACUGACCGCAAGGAUGUCCCCAAAAGGAAGCCGUUCGGUACCCACCGUGCACCUCCGUCCGCCGAGCAACGUCCACCUUCCCCGCCCGGCCCGCCUCCGUCUGCCCGGCCCGCUGAAGCCCACUCCAGCCGGGAUAUCAAUCCUGCGGUGGCGGCCGCCUUGCUCCAGCUCAUCUCCCAGCAAGACUCGGACACUAGCGCUUCUCCGGGUGGUGACAACCCGUCAACCGGAGGUGACGCCCCGGGGAAGCCGCCCUGGGCAGCAGAUUCCCCCUCAAAACCGUCACCCGUAAAAGAAGCCUCGGAGGAAGUGGCGAGUUCUUCUCGCACGGCCCAUUUCCCCAAAGAUCAGGACCUCCGGUUUGGAGCUUCCCACUAAGACCGAUUAGAUCUUUACCUGAGAGCACCUUCAGGAUUCAGCUGCAAGCAGGAAGUGAAUGUUUGCUUUCUGGAUCACUGUCACUUCCAAAGUGUUGCAUCGUCUACAAGCACUCCGCUUUGGGAAGCUUCUCUGAUGCAGGCCCUCUCCCAAAAGAAUGAUUGUCGUCACCACUGCAGUGCCGACCUCCACGGAGGUUUUGCCGCCUAUACUGGAACCCAGAGAAAGUGUGUGGUCUCCUGCUAAUCUGGACAUGCUCCUCGUGACCUCUCCCGGUGACCUUUUUGGAAGGCUGGAUGCUUUUUCUUUCCCCGUUCAAUCCAUUUUACAGCCCUAAACUCAGCAGUGUUGUGACAAGCCUUAAUUUAGCUGCGUGGCGCAUCAUCUUCCGCGCUUCGAAACAUGAAAUCUCACGGUUCCGCUCGGCCCAAUUAUGAAGUUAGUCGCAACAAAAGAGAAAAACACACUUGAUGACUUUUAAGCGCUUUUCCUGGAGGGCAUCCAAAGCUGCUCAAUGCCUCCCUGUGUGCAGCAAAAGCUUUUUUGUUUUGUUGUGGGUGCAAUUUUUUUCCUGAAUAAAGAAAACGAUACGCUCAGAGUAUUUCUAAUCGUGGGCCAUGAUUCUGUUUCGUUUUUUUUUUUCCUUUGGAAGAGGAAAAAAGAUUUCACGUGUCCAAGAGUAAAAAUAUUUUGUAAUAUGUGUUUUGUUUUGUUGAGUUGAUUAAAGAAAGUUAUGAGACCAA